AUGUCCUACCUACACUUAAGCUUCUAUUCAGCCUUCACCCUAAGCAGCCUGGGCUUAGCCUUCCAUCGAACCCACCUAAUCUCUGCACUACUAUGUCUAGAAAGCAUAAUACUAUCCAUAUAUAUUGCCCUAGCCAUAUGACCCAUCCAGACACAAACACCAGCAUCCACCCUACUACCUAUCCUAAUACUAACAUUCUCCGCCUGCGAGGCAGGCACAGGACUAGCCCUGCUAGUAGCCUCCACCCGAACCCACGGCUCCGACCUGCUACACAACUUCAACCUCCUACAAUGCUAA